UUGGUCCUGAUGCUCCUCCUUCGACAAAGCUCCGACUCCUUCACAACUCAGAUACACAAAAACAGUCAACAGCUUUAAUUGAACUGGUUAAGGUAUUUGUAACGUAUUUUCUUGAAGUCAAUAGAGAAAAGCACAAUUGUUUCUGACUCAAACAAGAAGAAAAACUGGAAGGACACAAUGGACAUGUGGAGGACUCUGCUUCUGACCUCGCAGCUGCUUUUAAAUCUCUGCUUGCAUGUUGAAGCACAAGCUUUGGUCUAUGAUCUUCUCACCUCGCCUGAUUGCCUGCCAGACCUGCUGCAAGGGGGUCUGAUUGAACAGGGGGUGAACGAAGCCUUCAUCCUGACCUCCUUUAAGCUGCAGCCCAAAAGCGGGACCACUGUGUUUAGUCUCUACAACCCUAGGGACAACAGCAAGUACUUUGAGUUCACUGUGAUGGGCAAGCUAAACCGAGCUGUAUUACGCUACCUCCGGAGCGACAGACGGAUGAGCUCUGUUACCAUCAACAACCUGGUGCUGGCCGACGGCCAAAAACACCGACUGCUGUUCCACCUGAGGGGGCUGCAACAGCAGGGGCCAGGCGGGUUGGAGCUGCAUCUGGACUGCCGGCUGGUAGAAACAGUCCGGGAUCUCCCCGCUGCCUUCCAGGGUUUGCCCACAGGUUAUGGUACAGUACAGCUGAAGACGAUGCAACCAAGGGAGCAGGAAAGCUUAGAUGAGCUGAAGCUGGCAGUUGGAGAUUCAUUUGAGAGUGUUGCGUCAUUACAAGACUGCCAUUUCCAGCAAAGAGACUCUGUUCAAACUCUGGGGGUCAACACAAAGCAGCUGUCGAAUCAAAUGAUGGAGUUAACAAAGGUGAUUAACGAGUUAAAGGAUGUCCUCAUUCAGCAGGUUAAAGAAACCUCCUUUCUCAGAAAUACCAUCUCAGAGUGCCAGGCGUGUGAUUUGGGUGGCAGUGAAGUUGUGAAACCAAAGUGUAGCCCAGGCGUCUGCUUCCGUGACGACAUGUGCAUCGAAACAGCAAAUGGCGUUGAGUGUGCCGCCUGCCCUGAUGGAUACACUGGAGAUGGCUUCAACUGCGAUGAUGUCGACGAAUGCCAGUUUAACCCUUGCUAUCCGGGAGUGAAGUGUGUGAACACAGCGCCGGGGUUCCGAUGUGAUGCCUGUCCGCUUGGCUACAUCGGCCUGCCGGUGGAGGGUGUGGGGAUCGUGUUUGCCCAGACCAACAAACAGGUUUGUGAUGACAUUGAUGAAUGCAAAGGACCCAGUAAUGGAGGCUGUCCUGCAAACUCAAACUGUGAGAACUCCAUGGGCUCCUAUCACUGCUCCUGCAAGACGGGUUUCAUUGGAGACCCUGUGAAGGGCUGCAAGCCAGAGGUCAGCUGUGGAAACAGCCUGACCAACCCGUGUCACGCCAACGCCUCGUGUGUUCUGGAAAGAGACGGGUCCAUUUCUUGUCAGUGUGGAAUCGGCUGGGCUGGAAAUGGAUAUUUGUGCGGGAAGGACACAGAUAUUGAUGGAUAUCCAGAUGAGAAACUCAAAUGUAAAGAUGCGCACUGCAGGAAGGAUAAUUGCAUAUAUGUUCCAAACUCUGGUCAAGAGGACGCAGACAGGGAUGGCCAAGGAGACGCCUGCGAUGAAGAUGCAGAUGGGGACAGUAUUCCUAAUGAACUGGACAACUGCUGGUUAAAGCCCAAUGUGGACCAGAAAAACAGUGACAGCGACAGCCACGGUGAUGCAUGUGACAACUGUCGUCUGGCUAAGAACCCUGACCAAAGGGACACUGACGGCGAUGGCAAAGGUGACGCCUGCGAUGACGACAUGGAUGGAGACGGUCUGAAGAACUUCCUGGACAACUGCCAGCGCGUCCAGAACAGAGACCAGCUGGACCGGGAUGGAGACGGAGUGGGAGAUGCGUGUGACAGCUGCCCAGACAUCCCCAACCCAAACCAGUCUGACAUUGACAGUGAUCUGGUUGGAGACUCCUGUGACACAAACCAGGACAGUGAUGGAGACGGUCACCAGGAUACCAAGGACAACUGCCCAUACGUGAUUAACAGCUCUCAGGUGGACUCUGACAAAGACGGGCUGGGGGACGAGUGCGACGACGAUGACGACAACGACGGCAUCCCAGAUGUUUUACCACCGGGACCGGACAACUGCCGGCUGGUGCCGAACCCUGACCAGAUGGAUGACAACGAUGAUGGCGUUGGAGACGUGUGCGAAUCCGACUUUGAUCAGGACAAGGUGAUUGACAGGAUUGACAUCUGUCCCGAGAACGCUGAGGUCACCCUGACCGACUUCAGGGCGUAUCAGACGGUGGUGCUGGACCCUGAAGGCGACGCUCAGAUCGAUCCUAACUGGGUUGUUCUGAACCAGGGAAUGGAGAUUGUUCAGACGAUGAACAGUGACCCAGGACUUGCUGUUGGGUACACGGCUUUCAGCGGAGUCGACUUUGAAGGGACGUUUCACGUGAACACCGUCACCGAUGAUGACUAUGCAGGCUUCAUCUUUGGCUACCAGGACUCCUCCUCCUUUUACGUGGUGAUGUGGAAGCAGACAGAGCAAACCUAUUGGCAGGCAACUCCCUUCCGGGCUGUGGCUGAGCCCGGCAUUCAGCUUAAGGCUGUGAAAUCCAAAACAGGCCCCGGAGAGCAUUUGAGGAACUCCCUGUGGCACACAGGAGACACCAACCAUCAGGUCCGUCUGCUGUGGAAGGAUCCCAGGAAUGUCGGCUGGAAGGACAAGGUUUCCUACCGCUGGUAUCUGCAGCACCGCCCACAAGUUGGAUACAUCAGAGCACGGUUUUACGAGGGAACUGAGCUGGUGGCAGACUCCGGUGUGACUAUUGACACGACCAUGAGAGGAGGACGACUUGGCGUGUUCUGUUUCUCACAAGAAAACAUAAUCUGGUCAAACCUGAAAUACCGCUGCAAUGACACGAUCCCGGAGGACUUUCAGGAGUUCAGAGCUCAGCAUGCUGUGGACCCUAUUUAAAGUCUAGACUGACCAUCGGAUCUCCAAAGAAUCUUUCUCAGUGUGUGGGUGUUACAUUUGUGUGCAAAACGUGUUUUUUAUACAUCAGCGUGUUGAUGUGUCCAGUUUCCAUACUUUCAUGACCACAGUGCUUCUUCUGUAUGUCCAUAUCAUCUAAAAGGUUUUUUCUUUUUUUAAAGUCAAUCUAAACAAAAAAUAAAUAAAUGAGCAUCUAAUAAACCGAUGAUGACUCAUCAUAAAGAAAAACAAGAUAAGAAAAAUAUGAAAAUAGUCUGCAAUGUGAUCAUGGAUGGGUAGUAACAAAAUAAAUGUAUUCAGAAACACUUGCUUUUGCUAAAAUUGCUCUCCUACGAGAAGCUUUACUUCACAAAGUAACUUUUGAGUAGGUUUAUAAUGAUAAACCACUACUUCUAUUUAACUACAAAGACUUAAAUUCUUAUAUCUUUAUUUUUUGGCAUGUGUAAGAUUUAUUCUAAAUAUUAGUCCAAUUGUUUCCAAAAAAUGGUGUAAACAAGGUGAAUUUUUUUUCCCCCAUCAUAAUAUAUAAAAUUGUAUUUUAAUAUUUCAAAAAAAUUGUUUUUAUAGCUUUUUUGUUGUUUGGCCUGUUGAAUCUUUAUUAAAUUCAGACCAAAUUAGACAAAAUCAACCUUCAAUUUUUUUAAAAUAAGAUUAAUUACAGAAAUGAUUACUUUUAUUUUUUGUUUUGAAUAAACUCUUUUAUGUGGUCAGUUAUGAAUUGCAGAGAUUCUCAACUGAAGGUUUUAAACUACAAAUCAGAUCCCAACAAAUUGUCUGUUUCUUUUUCAUUCUUGAAUAAAAACCUGGACAACUUUUGA